AUGAGUGGUCUUGGUCCAAUAAUGAAAGUGAAACGAGAUGCAUUUAUGCAAGACCUUUACCUGGAAUUGUCAUCCGAGCAAAUCUUGGACCAUGCCAAUGCCGGAAAUUCAAGCUGGUGUCUCAAGGAGAAGCAAAAGAAAAGCAGAGUAUUUGUAAAAUGUCUUACGCCUCAAGUAAAAAGUUUGUUAGAAACUAUAUUUUAUACUGGAACAGCAAGCCCAAGAAACAAAUUGUUGGCAACUGAAAUGCAACAAGAGUUGUUAAAUCACUCACAGAAAGAUGAAAUCAAUAAGGUCAACAUGCCUAAGGUGUCAACAAUUUCAAACUGGAUAAGUAGUUUCUCAAAAGCGUGGAAACAAGCAAUGGCAGGGAAUUCUUUGGAGGAAAAUAACCCAAAUUU